UGUUUUAUGUUUCAUUUUCUUUCUGGAGCUUCAAUGAAAUCUCUGCACAGAUGACGAAACGGGUGAUUUGUGUCGUUUUGAGCCUGGUUGUUUUGGGUGCAGUCGGGUUUCUCUCCCUCCCCGGGCUCUGCAGCUUGGUGGCUGGGUUAGGGCUCUGGAUGGGAUCCUGGAAAUAUCUUCGUGUUGCUCUGCACACCAUCAAGAGAGACUUGAUGUGUCUGCUUGUUAUUAGACGAGUGAAAUAUUCCAUGAAUCGUAACCUGCAAAAUAAGAGCACCAUCCCUGCCUUGUUUGCUGAGAAAGUGAUGCAGCAUCCAGACAAACCGGCCUUGGUUUAUGAGGCAACAGGAGAGGUUUGGAGUUUUAAAGAGCUGCAAAAGAAGUGCCAUGCUGUGGCUCAUUGGGCACUGGAACAGGGUUGGGUGGAGGGAGACGUUGUGGCGUUGUACAUGGAAAACCGUCCGCUAGUGGUGGCUCUGUGGUUGGGUCUGGCUAUGACCGGCGUAGAGUCUGCCUUCAUCAACUACAACCUUCGACAAGACUCGUUGCUGCACUGUGUCAGGGAGUCUGGAGCUCGGGCGAUGGUGUUUGGAGCAGAAAUGACUGAAGCGGUGUCAGAAGUGAUUGAGUCUCUGCAGUCCAGCAUAGUUUUGUUCUGCAGUGGGGAGGAGGAGAACAAGGAGAAACUCUGCGGACCCAAAGCCCAGAAUUUGGAUUUCUUGCUGCACCGAUCCCCCACACACCCACCCCACUACAAACUGAGGAAAGAAUUUAAUGACAAACUUUUCUACAUUUACACAUCUGGUACAACUGGAAUGCCGAAGGCAGCUAUAGUCGUUCACAGCAGGUAUUUUCGCAUAGCUGCCUUUGGUUAUCACUCGUUUGGGUUGUGUCCCAAUGACGUCCUGUAUAACUGCCUUCCCCUCUAUCACUCUGCAGGCACCAUCAUGGGUGCGGGGCAGUGUUUGCUCUUUGGUUUGACUGUUGUAAUCAGGAGGAAAUUUUCAGCCAGUCGCUUCUGGGACGAUUGCGUCAAACACAACUGCACGGCGAUCCAGUAUAUUGGUGAGAUCUGUCGCUAUCUGCUGGCACAGCCUGUUCGUCCAUCGGAGGCCCAUCAUCAGGUCAGGGUAGCUAUCGGUAAUGGCCUCCGCCCGUCUGUGUGGGAAGAGUUUGUCCACAGAUUCAGGAUUCCAAAAGUUGGUGAAUUUUAUGGAGCGACCGAAUGCAACUGCAGCCUGAUAAACAUAGACGGAAAGGUGGGGGCGUGUGGCUUCAGUAGCCGCAUCCUGCCUAACUUUUACCCCAUCCGACUAGUCAGGGUGAGAGAGGAUCGCAAAGAGCUUCUCAGGGAUUCACAGGGACUCUGCAUCCCCUGUCAGCCUGGGGAGCCAGGUAUGAUAGUGGGACGAAUCAUCGACGGUGAUCCUCUCAGGAGAUUUGAUGGCUACGCCGAUCAGGACUCAACCGGUCAGAAAAUAGCUCACAACGUUUUCCAGAUGGGAGACUCUGCUUACGUCUCAGGUGACGUGUUGGAGAUGGAUGAAUGUGGCUACAUGUAUUUCAAGGACCGAAGCGGGGACACAUUUCGCUGGCGAGGGGAGAACGUUUCCACCACAGAGGUGGAGGGGGUCCUCAGUGGUUUGCUGGGACACUCUGAUGUAGCGGUGUACGGGGUGUCUGUGCCAGGUGUGGAGGGUAAAGCUGGCAUGGCAGCAAUAGCUCACACAGGAGGUACUUUGGACCUCGAUGCUUUCUGGAUUGCUGUGAAAAAAUCCCUUCCUUCCUACGCACGACCCAUCUUCCUGCGACUCAUGCCGUCUGUUGAUACUACAGGUACAUUCAAAAUUCAAAAGACUCGUCUGCAGAGGGAGGGCUACAAGCCUCAAGAGUCAAGUGAAAUGAUUUAUUACCUGAACAACCAUGCUGGGCGUUACAAGGCUCUUACUGAGGAACUCUAUAAAGACAUCAUGGAUGGUAAAACAUCUCUUUGAGACAAGACGACACACGUGAAAG